AUGAGGCAAAACCGUGCUCUCGUUACUUUCGGCGCAAUAAUUUUCGUAGCUUUGGUUGUCAGCUUGCUUCACCUAAAUUCAAACGACUUAUCGAAUUAUAUUCCACAAGGGGCUCAAAAUUAUUUCCAUUAUGAGACACCUCCUUCAUCAGAAGAGAUCUCAAGGCUAAAUAGAAUCUUAAAGGAAUUCAUAUCACGCCCAAUUUUAUCUUACGAUGACGCCGUUUCAUUAAACUCUCAAACCUGCCCGGUUGAUGGAACCAAUUUUGAUCGAAAUUCUAUCGACGGCAACUCAAAAAAAUGGGCAGAUAUUCCUUCAUCUCAAAUCUAUGCGUGGCGAGAAGGAAUUGUGACCAAUUUACGUUGGAAACAAAAUGAGGCAGUUGAGAGGAUGACAACACCAUCUUCUACGACCGAUGAAUUUGAAAAGGAGAAGAAGGGCAAAAGAGGAAUUGUGAUGGCUGCGGGGGAUCGCCCAGCUCUAAUCCGUGCUCGAACCUCUCUUCGACUUCUGAAGUCUUAUAACUGCACCCUACCCGUCGAGAUAUUUCAUUUCGAGUCCGAAUUAUCUGCACCUGCACUUAGCAGUCUUCUCUCCGAUCUCUCGGAACUGCAAAAUUCUGAUUCCAGUACCAACGGUAUUACUGUUACUAUACGCAAAGUUGAAGAAGUAUCCAAAGGAUCUGGUUGGAAAGAUUUUCAGAUAAAGGGGGCUGCCAUUCAACAAUCUUCAUUUGAUGAUAUCCUCUAUUUGGAUACCGAUUCUUAUCCUUUACGCAAUCCGGAGUAUCUUUUUGAAGGAAGAGAGUGGAGAGAUACGGGACUUUUGUUAUGGCCAGAUUACUCAAAAUCUCAUCCAACCAAUCCAAUGUGGCGUUUAUUAGGUCAAUCAUGUCGGAAUGAAUAUGAGGGGGAGUCUGGACAAGUCUUAAUAUCCCGAACUCGUCACCAGGAUAUUUUAUGGUUAAUCGAGUAUUUUGCACUUCAUCAUGAAGAAUUUUAUGGAUUUAUGGGGGGUGAUCGAGAUUCAUUUCGAGCCGCUGCACUUAUUCUUGGAAAGUCUUGGACCGGUCCAGGCCGAGCAAACGCUGUUGGAGCUGCAAGGAUUCCUGAAAAUCAUCAAUCGGGAGGACAUACGAUGCUUCAAGCAGAUCCAUAUGGAAAGUGGAUGUUCGUACAUGCGAAUUUGAUCAAACAUUCUCAUUUCGACAGACCUAUUUGGUCUCAAGUUCAUAGAAUUCGAGACGAUUUGUUCAAGGAAGGGACCACAUUUGGGAAUAUUGAUUCACCAAAUGAUAAAAUCGGAGAUGGAGUGAAAUUGGAUGUGGCUGUCAAUCCUAGAUUGAUAACGAGUCUGUCUACUUUUGAGGGAUAUGAUGAAGGUUUGAUUGCCGUGGAAGAUUGGGAUUCAUACGAAGAGUUAAAGGGAUUCGAGGAUAAGUGGUUUGGAUUUGGUGGUGUGCAUUAA